AUGACCAGCUUCUGGGAGAACGUGAAGGCAGCGGUGCCGGACGCGAUUUUCGCGCUCGCGCUGGAGGCGAAGAAUGCGCCGGAGCCGAAGGCGGACCUCAUCAUCGGUGCCUACCGCGACCCGGAGGGCCGCCCGUAUCCGCUGCAGGUCGUGCGCAAGGCGGAGAAGCUCCUCGUAGUGGACAUCAAGCCCGAGAAGGAGUACCUUCCGAUGUCUGGCUACCAGCCCUUCAUUGACGAGGCGGUGAAGCUCGCCUACGCCGACAGCGUGCCGCGCGAGCGGGUGGCGGCGGUGCAGGGUCUGAGUGGCACCGGCUCGCUGAGCCUCGGCGCGUGCUUCCUCGCCCAGCUCAUGCCGCGCGAUGUUGUGGUGUACAUCUCCGACCCGACGUGGCCGAACCACUACGCCGUGAUGCGUGCGGCGGGGUUGACCAACACGCGCACGUACCGCUACUACAAUGCGGCCACGCGCAGCCUCGACAUUGAGGGCCUUCUCGCCGACCUCCGUGCCGCGCCGGAGCGCAGCAUUGUCAUCCUGCACGCCUGCGCGCACAACCCGACAGGCGUCGACCCGACGCACGCGCAGUGGGAGCAGAUCGCCGAGGUCUUCAAGGCACGCCAGCUUAUCCCCUUCUUCGACUCCGCAUACCAGGGAUACGCCACUGGCAACCUCGACGAAGAUGCGUACGCUAUUCGCCUCUUCGCGCGUCAGGGUAUGGAGAUGCUGGUGGCGCAGUCCUUCUCGAAGAAUAUGGGCCUCUACUCCGAGCGCGUCGGGGCGUGCUCCGUCGUUGUGUCGAACCCCGAGAAGGCGGCAGCUGUGAAGGCGAACCUCGAGACUGUGGCGCGCAGCUACUACAGCAACCCUCCGGCGCACGGCGCGCGUCUGGCGCACCUCGUGCUGAGCGACAAGACAAUGCGCAAGGAGUGGGAGGAUGAGCUGCGCGGGAUGGCGGCGCGCGUGCUGGAGAUGCGGAAGGACGUGUACGACGGCCUCACGAAGCGCGGCACUCCUGGCACAUGGGACCACGUUCUCUCGCAGGUCGGCAUGUUCUCCUACCUCGGCCUCACCAAGGCACAGUGCGAGAAGCUGGUGGAGAAGCGUGUUUUCGUGCUGCCUUCCGGCCGUGCGAAUAUGGCGGGUCUCACGAAGGCUUCCGUCCAGCUUCUCGUGGACGCCAUUGACGAGGUUGUGCGCGCCGCACCCUCACAGUAA